CAGGAAAUGGCAAACUCCCACUAUGAGGCAAAGCAUUCCCGUGGCAGCAAUUGGUCCACAGGAGCUAUAAAUUGGUCUCCUCCAGAAACAGCUCAGAAUUUGUCUUUGGGGAGGUCAGCUGGGCAGCAAAGCGGCCAUGGAGAGAAACGGUGCUGCCUUUCCCCAGACACCAGACCCCACACACCACUUCCACAUUUCCCUGCUGGAUCAGAGGCAGAGGCUGCGUGGGCAGAUCGCUCACCUUCACAAGGCAGCUCGGAAACUCAGCAAGCUCCGCAGGAGGUCCCUGAUCGCCAACGUGAGCGGCAGCACGCUGACGGCCGCGGGAGCGCUCACCGCCAUCGUGGGGCUGUCCCUCAGCCCGGCCACCCUGGGAGCCUCUCUCCUGGCGUCGGCUGUGGGUCUGGGUCUGGCUGCUGCCGGCGGGGCUGUCAGCAUCACCUCCGACCUCUCCUCGGUGCUCUGCAACUCCCGAGAGGUGAGGAAGGUGCAGGAAAUCGCCACGACUUGUCGGAAACAGAUGAGGGAAAUCCUUGGCUGCCUGGAGUUCCUUCGCCGGGGGCAGGGCCCUGGGGACCCCAGGCUGCGCCAGUCAGAGAAGAGGGCCUCCAUCUCUCUCUACAACUCUGUCUGCUUCAUGGUCUUCUGCGGCUCCCACACCUUCCUCGUGCCAGAAUACACAAAGGAGGUCACAAAAGUUAGCCAAGCUGUGCUGAAGGCCAAAAUCCAGAAGCUGGCUGCUAACCUCGAGACCUGCACCAGGGCAAUGGAUGAAGUCUGUGAACUUCUGGAGUCUAGGACAGAGCUUUCUCAAUGUAUGAGGAGACUCAAUUUGGGUUCUGUAACCACUGCUGAGAUCCCAAGGUCAUCCAGCUGAAAGAGGGUUUGCCCCAUAACUAAACCCAGGCUUGGAAACGUGACAUUAUUAACUGUUACUGUUAGCACUGCUGCCUGUUGCUGUUGUACUGUUGGCAGUGCUG